UAUUAGCUUUCAUGGAUGAGUGUAACUUGAUAAAAUUUAGAUCUAUUGACUUUUGACUCGCUAAUAAAAUUAAUAAAUGUUAAUUUGUGAUCAGUGAUAUAAUAUUUGAAUGGUGUAUGUGUUUCUGCAGCUGAAGGAUUUUGUACAGGGAUGAAAUGUAUGGCAGCAACAUAAAAUGUCUUGUUACGAAAAAUUAAAGCUUCUUGUAUGGAAGAAUUUUCUAUUGCAGAGAAGACAUAAAUGGCAAACUAUAUUUGAAAUAGCAUCUCCUGUUAUAUUUUCUUUAUUCUUAAUAUUAAUACGAUGUCUUGUCGAUCCGGAAUCAAAACCACAAGUUUCCUAUCCACCUUUUCGCCCAACAUUAUUCAACAUGUCUGGGAGACAAUUGGGGAAUCUCACAUCAGCAAAGAGAGAAGGUACUUUGGCUUUUUCUCCAGAAAACCCACUUACAAGAAAAGUGACACAGGAUGCUAUGGCAAUGGUGGCGAUGGAUAAUUUUGACGCAUUUUUACUAGCCUUCUUGUUUGAUGCUAAAAUGCUCCCAAAUCCUAAAGGAUUCAAUGAUUCUGUAGCACUUGAGGCAGCCCUGACUCAACCAAAUGCUAUGAAUCACAUACUUGUUGGUAUUCAAUUUGAUGAUAAUAUGGCAAAUGCUACCAAAUGGCCUGAUAAUAUAGAAGUGGCCUUAAGGUUCCCAGCUGUUAUGAGGAUUCCUAUGGUAGAACAUCCAUUGAGAAUAAGCUGGAGGACAAACUUGUUAUUUCCAUUAUUUCCGCAACCAGGCCCAAGAGAUCCUAAUGACAUGUAUGGUGGAAAAACUCCAGGCUAUUCUCCGGAAAUGUUCCUAGCAGUACAACAUGCUCUUUCCCAAACAAUAAUAAAACAGAAGACUGGGAAGUCGAUUAACACUAAAGUGUACCUCCAACGUCUGCCUCAACUGCCAUAUAGGAAGGAUGACUUGUUAGUUGCAAUGGAGAGAUUUAUAUCUAUGAUCAUAAUGAUGUGUUUCGCAUAUACUUUCGUGAAUACUGUAAGAGUAGUCACAGCGGAGAAGGAAAUGCAACUGAAGGAAACUAUGACAAUAAUGGGUCUACCUUCGUGGCUUCACUGGCUGGCUUGGUUUAUUAAGCAGUUCUCGUUUCUCUUGAUUUCUGUUGUUCUUAUGGGCAUAUUGUUUAAGAUACCGUUCAACUCAACCGAAGAUGGAAAAGGUUAUGCAGUUUUGACUUUCACGCCUUGGACAGUUUUAUUUUUCUUUUUGACUCUGUUCGUUGUAGCGUCACUGGCUUUCAGUUUCAUGGUCAGCGUAUUUUUUACCAAAGCGAAUACCGCCGCAUCGUUCAUGGGCCUUAUGUGGUUUUCUACUUAUGCGGCGUAUAUGCUUACCCAGAUGCUAUAUGAGGAUAUAAGCCUGACGACUAAGUUAUUACUUAGUUUGAUAUCUAAUGCAGCUGUGGGAUAUGCACUUCAAAUGCUCAUCAUCUGUGAAGGCACCUCGAGAGGUUUACAAUGGGAGGACUUCUUCACGCCCGUCUCCUAUCACGACCAGUUCCAACCUGGGCAUGUAGUAUUAAUGUUAAUUUUAGAUACCAUAUUAUACAUGUUAGUGGCUAUGUAUGUGGAGAAAAUUCGUCCGGGGAUGUACGGAGUCCCAUUGCCAUGGUAUUUUCUUUUCACAAAAAGUUUCUGGUUUCCUAAUAAAAAGAGAGUGGCGGCCGUGACAAAUAAAGAAGGUAUAGACCAGGAAUAUAAAAACGCCUUGUUAAAAGUUGUGCACGAUGAAGAACCAAAAGGUGUACCUAUGGGCAUUAAUAUCGAAAAUCUCACGAAGGUAUAUAAAGGACGGAAAAAAGCGGUAGAUCACUUAAACCUUAGGAUGUAUGAAAACGAAAUAACAGUAUUAUUAGGUCAUAAUGGCGCCGGAAAAACCACAACCAUAUCGAUGCUAACCGGUAUGGUCCCACCGACAUCCGGCUCGGCGACUAUCAACGGGUACGACAUAGUGACUGAGACUGAACAGGCGCGGAAGUCUAUCGGCAUCUGUCCGCAACACAACGUCUUAUUCCCUGAUCUCACUGUCGCCGAACACAUCAUAUUUUACUCGCGCUUAAAAGGCGUGCCAAUGUCGAAGAUAAACGAUGAGGUCGAUCAUUUCGUUAAAGUUCUUGAACUGGAGAAAAAGAGGGACGUGAUAUCAAAACACUUAUCUGGCGGUCAGAAGCGACGUUUAUCCGUAGGGGCAGCUAUGUGCGGUUCUUCUCGAGUAGUGUUGUUGGAUGAGCCCACAUCAGGUCUCGACCCGGCCGCCCGUAGGUCAUUAUGGGAUCUAUUGCAGAAAGAGAAAAAAGGUCGGACAAUGAUCCUCACUACUCAUUUUAUGGACGAAGCGGACGUCUUAGGCGAUCGUAUUGCCAUUAUGUCUGGUGGGCGAUUACAAUGUGUUGGGACAUCUUAUUUCCUGAAGAAACAUUAUGGAAUUGGGUACAAAUUGACCAUAGUAAAGAUGGAUCAGUGUGAAGUACAGGAAGUCACGAAUUUCUUCAAAAAUUAUGCACCAGAUAUAAAGGAAAACACUAAUAUUGGAUCCGAGUUGACAUAUAUCUUACCAAACGAACAUGUCAGUAAAUUUCCAGAUAUGCUUAAAAAGUUCGAAGAUGAGAAGGAAAAUCUGAAGAUAUCUAGUUACGGUUUAUCAGUAACGAGCCUUGAAGAAGUUUUUAUGAAGGCAGGCGCGGAAGACAAUGAGGUUUCUUCGAAGAAAAAUAAUUGCAAAAAUAUGUACAAUGACUGUGCCAUAGUUCCGGUCGAUGGGCUACAUAAUAAUAUGAUAGACAGCGAGCCAAUACAGAAAGUUCGAGGGUUCAAAUUGUUAAGAAACCACAUAAAGGCAAUGUUCUUGAAGCUGGCCUACAAUACAAUGAGGAAUAAAUUGGCUUCAAUGAUACAAAUAAUUACACCUAUUAUAAACAUAACGAUAUCUGUGUGUAUAGCAAGGUCAUGGAAAUUUAUGACUCAGCUCCCGUCAUUGGAACUCAGUUUGCAAAGUGGUUUUAGAACAACUGAAACUUUGUUAUCGCAAGGAGUAAAUUUGACUGAAAAUAGUAUAGAACAAAAAGCAAUGAUGGCCUACAAGGAUUAUUUUAAAACAGUUAAUGACGCAAACAUGGUGUUGAGAGAUAUAGGACACUUAGAUUUAGGAAAAUUUUAUUUAAAAUUGAGCGAGGCAGAUCAACGUCGCGUUUGCUAUGAGAAUCUAGUAGGAGCUACAUUUGCGCCGCAUAACAUAACGGCCUGGUUUAGCAACUAUGGCUACCACGAUUCGGCGAUAUCAUUGGCACUUGCAAAUAAUGCCAUAUUGAAUGCGCUCUCACCAGGCAGCAAAUUGACUUUUGUGAACUAUCCUCUUCCAUACUCUAUUGAGAAUUUAGUUAAAGUGAUGGCAAGUGGAAGCAGUAUGGCAUUUCAAUUUGCGUUUAACAUUGGAUUUUGUAUGGCGUUUGUAACUUCCUUCCUCGUUCUCUUCGUAAUCAAAGAGCGCACCAGUGGCUCUAAGCUUCUGCAGCGCGUGUCGGGAGUUCGACCCGCAAUUCUUUGGACGACGGCACUAAUAUGGGACUGGUUUUGGAUGCUGAUGGUGUUUUUCGCAAUAAUCCUCACGUUAGCUUUCUAUCAAGAAAACACGUUGGCCACGCCUGAGGAAUUAGGCAGAGUUUUACUUGUGCUGGUGAUAUUCGCUUUUGCAAUGAUCCCGUUACACUACCUGGCCGCGUUUUAUUUCGAAGCCGCUGCUACAGGAUUCUCGAAGAUGUGUUUCAUAAAUAUUUUCUCCGGUUGUAUGCCGUUUCUAAUAACAGAAGUUUUAAGAUUACCUGUGGUUGGCAAUCCGUAUUAUGCACACAUUUUUGAUUGGAUCUUUUCGCCAUUGCCCAUAUAUUGCAUCAGUAGAAGUUUCAGGGAUAUGAGCCAUUCGUCGUUCUCUUUGUUGGCAUGUGACGCACUAUGCAAGCAGUUCGAAAACAUCGACAACUGCACGCGACACACCGUGUGUCACAAACUCAACGUGUCGGUUUGUUGUAUCGAAGACGAUCCUUAUUUAAAAUGGAGUGAACCUGGCAUCGGUCGCUAUUUGUUCAUGAUGACUAUGGUUGGAUUCCUUGGCUUCACAAUUCUGUUGAUAAAAGAAUAUGAGAUCUUGAAUAAGAUUUUCUACUCUGAAAGUCCACACCGUCCGCCACCGCCUAGGCUGGAUGAAGACACAGAUGUGGCAAACGAGCGUAGUACUGUGCAAUCUCUUACUCGACCUGAACUAGCGCAGCACAGCCUUGUAUGCAGAGACCUAACGAAGUUCUACAAAGACUUCCUAGCCGUGAACAGACUAAGUUUCGCGGUGAACAAGGGUGAAUGUUUCGGUCUGCUGGGCAUAAACGGUGCGGGCAAGACCAGUACAUUCCGUAUGCUGACCGGCGAUACGCGUAUCAGCUGCGGGGAUGCUUACGUGCACGGGCUCUCCCUUAAAACGCGUAUACAAGAUGUGCAUGCGCAUAUCGGAUACUGUCCGCAAUUCGACGCGUUAUUAGACAACUUGACAGCACGGGAAACCCUAAAAAUAUUUUGUCUCCUUCGCGGUAUACCUGUCAAAGUGGGAUCAAUGAGAGCUGUACAGUUAGCCGAAAUGUUGGGCUUCAUGAGACAUUUUGACAAAAAGGUGCACGAAUGCAGUGGAGGCACUAAAAGGAAAAUCAGUACAGCUCUUGCACUUCUUGGGGAUUCACCGUUAGUGUUUCUCGAUGAACCAACCACAGGAAUGGAUCCUGCGUCAAAGCGUCUUGUUUGGUCUUGCAUCAGCGACGCCGUUUGCAGCGGACGUAGUAUCGUUUUAACUUCACACAGCAUGGAGGAGUGUGAGGCUUUGUGUUCCCGUCUCACGGUCAUGGUCAAUGGCAGAUUGUUCUGCCUGGGUCCACUGCAGCAUCUAAAGAAUAAGUUCUCCCAAGGAUACACUUUGAUUGUCAAAUGUAAGGGGGGACCGGAGAGAGAUACUUGUGUAGCAAAUAUAAAUCAAUACGUCCUUGAUAACUUUAGAGAUGCUAAGCUAAUAGAAACCUACCUCGGAAUUAGUACAUACUACCUCGACGACCACGGGCUGCAUUGGUGGCAAGUGUUCCACCUCAUGGAGCAGGCACGCGACAGAUAUACCAUCGAGGAUUACUCCGUUUCGCAGACCACGCUCGAACAAGUGUUCCUACGCUUUACCCGGAUACAAGGUCAACCCGAAUAGAAUAUAUCCCUCGUAUACUUAAAAAGCAUUUUUUAACUUAAGGUUAGACAAUUCGGCCAAUUUAUCCGCGGACCAAAUGUAAACAAACAAAUGACAGGUCGUUCGAUUAAUGAAGCUGCAAAACAACAUUUUAGUCUUAUGUAAAAAUAACAAUAAAUUUUAAUUUUAGUUUUCUGUAAUAAUAAAAAUUAAAAUAUGAUGUUUACCCCUAAAAUACUAAAAUAAUGUCACCUAACCUAAUCUCAUAAGUUGAGGCCCAGUCAUUUGUUUGUUUAUAUUUGGUCCGCGGUUAAGCAGGCCGCACUUUAUAAUUUAUAACUGUACGCUUAAUUCUUAGUUACGCAGGGAGGGUUUUUAUUAAAUGCGGUCGGCAGUUUCCUGCUGGCCUAGUAUAAACUCACCUCGUUCACUGCGCCUAUAAAUAAUUGUAUGCGUUUCGCAAUUUGAUUUUGCAUGGUCACAAAUGGAGAAUUUUCUCGUUAAAGCAGUACAGAGUUCCACCUUGACAAUGGCUUUUGGUAUUGGGGAGUAUAUUCCGAAGAUAGCUCUUAAAAACAACUAUCAUUAUCAAUAUUGCCCAAAUCUUUUGAAUACAUAGCUCGAAUAUAAUUCUAUGCCCAAUACUAGGUAGCUAUUAAAACAAUUGUUUAUUAUAUCUUGCCAAUUAUGUUGCAAACAUACCUUUGAAUUUAUCGGAUUAAACGUAGUUUUUCUAAAUUUCUACGUAGGAUAGAAUCCUACGUAGAAAUUUAGAAAAUACUUCCGUUUGCAGGUUUCAGUACUGAAGACAUGUUCUUUGUCGAUAUAAGCAUCAAAAGUGACAAAAUUAGACCCAAAGCUUACUCACACUAAAACGAUGUGCAUUUGCAUAACCACAGCCAAAACAACGUCAAAGUUUGUUUAUAUAACUUAUCUCUUUUGCUUGUCCGUAGUUUACCUUUUUGUAUUUAAGUUGUCCGGUAAAUUCAGAGUAAAUGUUAACUUAAUUUAAUAUAAAUUCAAUACGAGGUGUCUUAAAACUAUUUAUAUGUGAAGUAAAUGUUUAGAUGUUUAUAUCUAAGUGUUGUUAUUAUGUUAUUUAUAUUGUGCACUGUCACAAAUACAAUCUCUGUAAUUGUUCUUUGCUUAGAGUAAUUUAUGUAUUUAUCCUAAGCUCGAAAGGGUUCAAACUCGGAGACGUAAGCCAGUCACUUAAACAAAUGUACUUACUAGUAAAGGGUAGAGAAAAUAGCCCUUUUCAAGCUUUUAAUUCGAAAAAGUAAUUGGACAUUGGCUAGAAUAAGUUUAAAAAAGUAUUUAUUCAAAUUGUAUAUAACAUAUUAUCAUAGACUUGAUAGUAUUCAUUUUUGUUUAUCUUACAACUGAGCUAAGGGUUCAAUUCUGUUAGACAUAAAUCUAUCUAAAGUGAUAUCCUUUUUACAGAAAACAAUGUGAAAUGAAAAGCACUUCAUAUAGACCAUUUAAUUUAGUUUUAAGAGAUUAAGUGCAACAGAAUUGACACCAUCGUAAAUUAAACUACCCUUUUAAUAUUCCUCUUACUAACCGCGGUAUAGAGUUGGAAUAGUUACGCAGUGUUUUGUCACGUUUUGAUAUUUUGUGUGUUUUGUCACGUUGAUUAAUAAGAGAGUUUGUACUUAAUUUUCUACACACUCGUACCUAUACUACUAAGUUAGAAACUACGUUAUUAUGGUCUACUACAGCCUUCAGAUACUUAGAGUAAGAUCGAAAAACGUAUUAAAAAUUUAAAAAUAUACCCGUAUACAAGUGAGCAUGAUUUAUCCGUAUGAAAAUAUAAAUGCGCCUGAACCUUGAUUACCAAAGUACCUACCAUACUAAAUGUAAGAUAAACAAUAAUUACUUUAUCGAAUUAAAAAUAUUUCGAUGUCUUUAUGACAACUUAAGAAUACUCAUAGUGUUCAAUUUAUUGCGUUUAUGAUCUUGUCAUUGUAGCGGACUGCUAACUUUCUAAGACUGAAAGUGUAGUGUAAUACCCCACAAACUGAACUAUAUUUUGUACACGUGAUUUUAAUCUAGAAAAUAAUCAUAUAUUUCUGUAUCGGUAUAUCUUCGCAAUAGCUCUAUCCAAGAGGAUAAAUUGAGUUUGUUCUACUUACAAUUUUAAUAUCAACAUUAGCCUAUUAGCGUCCCAACCAAGGGCAUAAGCCUUCCAUCCCAUAACAGGGAGGGGUUUUUAGAGCUUAGCCUUAGUUUACCUCCAUUACUAGAAUAUCCCGCAAUUGCAGCCUUUAAAAACUGCUUACAUAUAUAAGUGAAUAAACAGAACACGCACUGCAAAUCACUGAGAACAAAAUUGACAGUUGCAGGGUUAACACCUAUAAUUUCCUAACGACAGGUACGGAGAAUCACUGCCUAAUGUAUCUGUGAAUAAUUCCGACUAACCUUUUCUUGCAACUUCGCCCCCGAUGUGUGAGUUCGUGAUAUGUUUAAUAUACUCUUUGUUAAUUUAAAUACCGCCCCUCGGAAUGAUAGUUUUUGUGAAAAUUGCCGGUAAUAUUUGAGUUUAUUUCUUUUAUCUCUGCUAGAUAGUUCAAUAUUAUGAAUCUUUUCCAUUAAAAAAAGUGUAAUCAUAUGUUAUAUUAAAAAUGGUGCUUUGCGUGGCGUUAUUAAGAAAAAAGUACAGUUUCAAUUCAUAAAUAAGAAAAGGUGUUAAGUGUAAUAUUGUACAUAAUUAUGGGUUCAUUUCAAUACUAAGAUCUACGCGUCAACAAGAGUUGAUGAUUUAGCAAAACACCGUGUGUUCCAAACUUGAAUAUGCAAAUAUUUCCUUAUUCACCAUACGAUACAUAUAAAAGAUGGAGUGGUGACAGAUGUAUUCUAAUAAGCCGUCACCGUACGGCACAAUUCGUUAAGUGGAUAAGUUACACUGUAAUUCGAGUUCGUUAAACUGAUUACUCAGUACAGACGCACGCAAACUUGAAUAUGCAAAUAUUCAGUCGCCUUAUACGACACCCGCGGGAAGAGAUGGGCUGGUGACAGAUGUACCUAUUCUAAUCAGCCGGCACAAUUUGUUAGGGAUAUCAGUUUCAGCAUAACAAUAAGUAGUCGAUUUCAAUAUUGCAGUAUUACGUGAAAUAAAAAAGAUAUGUGAUUAUUUCUUGAAUGACAACAAUUUAUUUAAAUUAACUAAACUUCUUUUUAUAUACUCGUAUUCUUUUUACAGUACUUUUAAGGUUUUUUUUUAAUAUUAACACCAAAUCCCUUCUUAAUUGGAAUAGCUGAUAUUUAUUAUAUUACGGAAUAAUACUUAAGUAUAUAAAUGUACAAAAAAA